CAGUCGACGCGUGCGCGCCAAAAGACCCGUUGCCAGUGUUACCAGUGCUGCCCCCACUGGAAAGACAAUGCAUACACUCAUCCUGGCGACGUUACUGGCGGCCGCAGCGGCCAUGCCCUCCUACAUAGCAGUGCCUGCUGACCAGAUCGCGUUCGUGGACCUCAGAUCGCUACACGUGCGUCGGGUCCCAAGACAAACGCUGACGCCGCCUCCGCUGCAGAACCUGUACACCCACCAGGACUACCAGGCGAUACCUAUACAGCACUAUCAGCAGAUUCAGCAAGAACCGGUGGCCCUCAACCCUCCAGAGCAAGAAGCACCUGCUAGACUGGUGCGAUUGCAGCAACUGCAGCAACUGCAACAACAGCCUCAAGAUGCCUCCAGCUCGGCCUCCUUGGGCGCGUCCCAACAGCUGGCUGAGAGGCCGCCAGACUUCGGGGAGUUCGUAGACUUCGGCGCCCACACCGGGGACAAUGGGGCUUUCGGAUGGUACGCCGACUACCCCGUCAAUAACCAUGACGACCAUCAUGGGUACAGGAAGUAAUGGGUUAAGCCGAAAUUUUGCACUUGCCAGAUAGCACUAAUUGUUUUAAAUUGAAGUUAAGGUUAGCAUUGGCGUAGUUGGUUUUGUUUUUUUACUAGUGUUCAAAGAUCUACGAGUAGUUCAAGGUUUAAAAAAGGUAAUGAACUAAUAGAGAAUAGAAUAAUAAUGAACGUAGAGAUAAAGGUACCUCGAGUAUCGUAUAUGAUUGUCCAGAACACAAUAACUGCAAUUCUGGGAGUUUGUUUUCAGUCAAGUUCAAAUAAGUAUUAUGUAAAAACUUUGUUAUGUUAGUAGUAUUAUCCAGUUACGCCAAUGCUAAAGAUUUACCAAAGACAGUAUUAUUUUCAAGUGAUGUUAGUUUAGGUAUAAAGCAGAAUCGCCGCACAUUUGUUUUAGACGGUGAAUUCCGCAAUAAAUUGCACGUUUUAUGAAACUUAUAGUUCCUUUAGGGUUAAGUAGUUCAAAGUACACUGUGAUACGCACCAGGUGGGCGUUUUUCUUCUAUUCUUCUUAACUGAUCUUAGUUCUAUGUCUUCACUUCAACUGCUUGCUUUUCAUCACUUUUCGCUUUUCUAUCACUUCACCAAUACAUAACAAGACAAGUUUCACUUCGAAUUAUUUUUUUCUACAAACUAUGGUAUCUUGUAAACUUAUUUGUUUUUUCAUUUCAAAUGCUUACUUAUUAUAUCUGCGAGCUAUAUUUUUCAUUAUUUCAUACUUGUAAGCUUAAUUUAUUUCAUUUUAUAGACAAUUAAAUAUAGGCUAUUAUCUUAUGCUUUGUUUUAUUUCUUAUCUGUCUCUUUCUUUUACGCCUGCUUUUCUUUAUCUAUCCUGCUUCAUCUUUUCUUUUACAACCCUCGUUUUCUUACUCUCUUUCCUUUUAUAAUCAUUUGUCUUACUAUUAUUUACAUCUAUACCUACACUACAUGCUUAUUCUUAUUUUUUAUAACUAUUUUUAUCUUUUCGCCUGCUUUUUUUCUUAUUAUACCUUUAACUUUCUUCAUUCACUUUCACUUGACAUUUUCAAUUUAUACUUAUCAUUCAAUUCUUUAUUAUAUUCUGAUUCAAUCUUGUUUAAAAGCUCUUUUUCUUAUACUGCCUACAUUUCAUCAGUUCUUUUUUUCAACAUUAUCUUCUUCACAAUUCUUUUGCUUUUUUAUUUUAAAACAUUUCUAUGACAUCUUUUUUCAUUCUUUUCUUCACAAUUUCUUUAGACUGCUCUUAAGACUUAUUUCAUAAUAAAAUGGUGUUUAUUUUUAUUCUUGAUUACAACAGUUACUAUGCCUAUUUCAUUUAUUUCAUCUUCAUAAUUUUCAUUCAUCAAUGAAAUACCUACAUUCGAUCAGUCUCUCUCAUUCUCUCUUCAUUUACUACCUACUCUCUUUAAUACUCUGAUCAAUCUUACCUCUUU